AUGAAGGGCCGCCCAAUCGAUCAGCUCGUUUACGAGUGCAUGUUCCCGAAGCCGCGGCAAUCGGACCCCCAAAACUUCCAUGCCCUCCUCAACAGAAACCUCAUCCUCGAGGUCCGCCAAGAAGUGCACUCCUUCUAUGGCCACCUAGACACACCCGAAGCCAAAUAUCCCGGGCUCGACUAUACCAACCAAACACAUCGCAUCCGUCUCAGUCGCUGGCAAUGGCACCGUCGUCUUUUCCGCGCCUUUGACUCGCUCCGCCUGACACACGCUGAGAUCUCGGGUUUGACCAAGUGGGAGGGCACAAAGUGGGCCAAGGAGCGCUUCGAACGCGAGCAGGGCAUCAUCAUCGAAGACACUACCGCCGAUGGCUUUCCCGACUGGGUCGAGCCCGAGCUCCGCCCGUCGACAGAACCGCGCCGUGGCGCAUCCCAGGAGACUGAAGAGCAGCGAGAGACGGCGGACGACGAGAACAAUAAUAACAACAACACCAACAACAACGGGGGCGAUGAGAGCGACGACGAGCUCGAGAGCGUCGGGGUCGACCUCAACGAGCGUCUGCGCGAGCGGGUUGCUCUGCGCAACACGUCGGGCGACAACUCGGUGCCUCUGGAUGAGGAAUGGGAAACCUGGCUGAAGAGCAUCAUUGAGUCUGGCGAGUUGCCCGACUAUACCGACAUCAUCCGCUCCCCUGGUCUGCAAAGCCUCCUCACGGCCGACGACAUAUUCCCGCCGCGGAUGCUGACUUCGGCACGUACCGGCAACUGGCACGAGAUCCCCGACUUCUUGCACGACAUGAUCCGCCAGAGUCUC